AUGGAGGCAGCGGAGGCAGAGGCCGGAUUUAGCACAUUGCGCCGAUAUGCAAUACGAGGUGUCGUGUCUGAGGGAGAGGAGGUGGACGACUCGGACGACAAUUUCAAUCAGUUCACCCGGCGCGAUAGCAGCUGGGCACGUGGUCUGUUGGCCAAAGCGGUACCUCCGCUGAACCACAUCGUCCUCGAUGAUGCCUUCCUGGACGCACUGUGCAGCCAGCCACUGCACAUGCAGGUCCUCCAGCCUCAAACCCAGCUGCAGCGCUUCGAGCACAGGCUGGCAUCGUUGAGCGACGCAGCGCUUACCCAGAUUAUGAGGCGGCAGCUCAAUUUGGCAGCUCUCCAGGACCAGUUGAAAGCCGCUCGCGGAACUACAAAAAAGAGAAGCAUUCGCAAGCUGAUAAAGCGGGCCAAGCUUUCUGAUAUAUUCUGGAGUUUCAACGCAUCACAGAGACAGGGACUCUUGAGAGAUGCCGGGGUGUACAUUUUUGAAACCCCUACGACUGAGCCAGAAGAGCUCCCGACACCGCCGCCUUCUGACACGCCGCGCCCGCGGCCUUCUCAGCGGCGGCGAUGCUGCAGAAAAGAGACCCCGUCAGAUGCCCUUUGGCAGGGCUGGGAGGCGGUGCGACUGGCAAGAUGCGAGUCCAGCCAUCUUUCCCGAGAUCUCUGCAGCGAUAUAUGGAGCACAAGUUGGGGCACGCGCAAGGUGAAGCCUUGUGCCUUGUUCCGCUGGAGCGAGGAGCAUCCACUUCAGCCCGCCUGGGUGCAGCUUUUGUUCAGUAAGCCCGAGAAGGGCAAGUGCUACUACAGCGAGAAAGCCCUUUUUGAUAGCCCCGUUGUACGGGAGAUGAGCCGACACUAUAGUAUGCAGGAUGUCUACAACCGCCUGCCCCUCCUUGCCACUCCAUCGAAGACUUAUGAGCUUGGUUUUGAAGAUACAGUCUGCGUUGUGGAUGAUGUCGUCAAUGCUGCAGGAAAAAAUGUCACCGACGGCUUUGCCGAGAUCAGUUUGGACUUUGCCCUAAAACAUGGUCUGGUGACAAAAGAACAAGUGGAGCAGGGCAUCUACCACGCCAUACAGUUCCGUGGCUUGUUUAGAGACAUUGCCUCCGGCGAAAUUCUGCUGGCUAAGGGAAUGUUGGCGGUGAGGAAAGGACUGCAGCGUGCGCUGUGCCUACGUCCAAAGUGCAUCAAAAUGCGGUUCAACCCUACAGCCGACUUUGCAGCAGCCUGUAAGCCUGGCAUCGAUGUGGUGCAGACCACUGCAGCGGCGCAAGGCGCUCCCAAGCUGAAUGCCCAGCUGUGUGCUGCACUGGGUCUGCGGACCUGCCUCAUACGAGGCCGUGCAGAAAGAUUGGAAGCAAGGGCCGAACUCCGAUCAUUCUGUAGGGCUCGGCGGCAGGAGACACUUGGCGACAUCGAAGCUUCGUCCUGGGGCUUUAGCCCUCCAACGAAGCCCUCCAAUCCCGGAGCUACUGCAAAACCGCUUCUGCAGCAAACGCGCGCGCCACCAGAUGCGCCUCAAGCACCUCACGCGGUGCCCUUUCACCGUGUAAAGCUGACAUACGUGGAACAGGUAGAGAGGCCGACACUUAUGCAGGAGCUCGCCGCGGAAGCGGAGCUGGUCAGGCCAUGGUGCCUCCCCGAGCUGGGCACAAAAGACGCGCUGCUGCGUGGCGGGCGACGCUUCAACAAGAGCAUUGCCCGUCAAAACAACAAGCCGCAGCUCAGCCUGCGGGGGCAUGGAGGCGCGUGCUUCGCCCUGCCCGACUUGUGGGGCAACCUGGGCCCACAGUGCUGCCACAUCAUCUGCCAGGGGCGCGUCUUGAAAGGGACAUUCGCUGUUUGGAGAAACCCUUGUGUGCUUCCGUCGGAUGUGGAAGUUUGGGAAGCGAUUGACCUCCCGGCGAACGCAGAUCUUGUCCCAGACAACUGCAUCAUCUGCAGUGUCAUUGGGGACGGCGUGGUGGCGCUGGCAGGCGGCGACUACGACGGAGAUGUCGUUUUCUUCACGGCCGACUUUGACCUCCUCGAGUUUCUGGCCAACACGCCAAGUGGGGUGGAUAAUCCCCAGUUGAGGGCGGUUGAGGAGGCCGUCGGCGCGGCUUUGGUGCAGGAGGCUCCGGUUCAGGAGUACACCCCUUUGGACUUUUUGAAGUACUGCGCCACAGUCCCCACAUUGGAGACACGCGGCUACACUUGCGCCAACGCCGAGAGAGCGCAGCUGGUUGCCUGGAAGUCCCGCAAGCCCCUGCGGUCCGGCAGUCUCCAGCGCGCUGUGGAACUGGGGCACAUUGCGCACAAGGCCUACGAUGCCCCAAAAAGCAUUCGGCGCGGGCCGUGA